UCAAUAGAGGCUUUGAGCGUGCAGUGAAACCGUUCCCUUGUUCCCCUAUGGUGUGAUGAUACAUUGUAAGAGCCGUGGAUGGAACUGUCCAGUCAUAUUGCUGACAUAUUUCAAAGAGGGUAACAACCCUGAAACUCCUCAAGUUAACAGAAAUCAGUUAUCUGAGUUACCACAGAGAUUAAGACUGAGUUUAGAAGCAGAGUAGUGACAACCUGUUGCAAUCUCCUGUCUCUUAGGAGAGUCAGGAGAAGUGUUCUUCCUCCAUGGGCUUCAAAAUGAGUUGUCACACACAUGAUUAUCAUGAACAAUUUGCGGCCUAAAUAAAGGUAAAGGAGUAACACCUUUGCCCGCUGCCCACAUUUAUCUUGCCAAUGUUAAGGUCCUUUUGGGAGAGGAAAUCACAAGUGUGUUUGACUCGGCCCCCUCCUUGCAGCCGGUGGCCCCUUGCCGUGGCCAUUAGGAAGAUUCUCAGUCUUACUGGAGCAAUGACAGAUGAAAGUCUUUAAGUGAAAAUGUCUCUGAGGGGCCGUCAGGGGCCUCCUAAACUGGAGCGACUGGAGUCAGUCAUGAGCCAGUUCUCUGGCAGCUUGGACCAAGAUGACCUACAAGACGACCCAGAGGAGCUGGACUUAAGUGGCCAUACUGACCUCUGUGGAGAACCAAGGAACAUAUCCUUUCAAGCAAUAUACAACUUUCUUCCAUUCAAGUCCCUGGAUGGUGUCAUAUUUCUCGAAGAAGUGCCAAUCCUAGUACAAGUGACAGAGGUGGAGCGAUUCACGUCUACAAGGGUGCUGAAUCCCAACCUGUAUACAAUAGAGUUGAGCCAUGGAGAUUUCAAGUGGAAAAUCAAGCGUCGUUUUAAGCACUUCCAGGCACUUCAUCAGGAGCUGCUCAAAUUCAGGGCCCUCUUAAAAAUCCCCCUGCCAGGCCGAAUUCACUCAGUCAAAAGGUCAUUCAAAGGCCGUAAACUGAUUCAUGGAGAACACAUCCCAGCAUUACCACGACGACCUGAUGCCCUCGUCAAGGAGGAGCAGCUCAUCAGCAGAAAACUGCAACUUGAGGACUUUCUGAGGAAUAUAUUGAAAAAGCCUUUAUACAGGACACAUCCUGCAACAGUAAGUCACAGCUCAAAUAUUUUUCCUUGUCCGUGCCCUUACAAAAAGGCACUUACUAUCAAGUGCUCCACAUAUAGGCAGGCUCAUUGGUGGGGGCACUCCAUAGAUGAGUUUUCUCAAAUAUUUGGACAGGACUUUCUGAGGGAAAACCGCCAUGGGUCUUUCACACCUGUUAGAGAAAACACUACAUCAAAAUGGUUUGUCAACGCAGCUGGAUACUUUGAUGCCAUAGCUGAUGCCCUGGAAGAAGCAAAGGAGGAAAUCUUCAUCACAGCCUGGUGGUUAAGCCCAGAAAUCUUCCUCAAACGACCAGUAGUAGACGGGAACAUGUGGAGAUUAGACCAUGUCCUCAAGCGGAAAGCACAAGAAGGAGUGAAGAUAUUUGUCCUGCUCUUCAAAGAAGUCGAGGUAGUGAUGGGUCUCAACAGCGAGUACACGAAGAAGACCCUGAUGGGACUUCACCCUAACAUCAGGGUCAUCCGACACCCUGAUCACAUGCCCUCCACAGCAUUGCUCUGGGCUCACCAUGAGAAGUUGGUAGUGAUUGACCAGUCACUCGCUUUCCUGGGAGGGAUUGACCUGGCCUAUGGAAGAUGGGACGAUUCCCAACACCGACUGACUGAUGUGGGAAGUGUGAGAAGAAGCCCUCAGCACAGUCCUGCUCUAUCCCCCAGCCUCACUCAUCAGUCAGUUGCCACGGUGGAGGAGGGUGAGGACAUGAAGUUUAACGUGGUGGUAGAAGAAAUUCAGACUGAAGAAGGAGGAGCAGGGAAAGCAGGAGAUUCAGGCUCAGUGGAGGAUCCAGGGGAGAUCUGUGCGAGCUUAAUUUUGCCCUUAGUGGAGGAACAGGGAGAAAACAACCUUAACCUGCCCACAGGAAGACUGCUAAGAACCCCCUCAGAGAAAAGUCACCACAGCUCUGAUGAAACAGAGUCCAAACAUUACAGUAGGUAUAGUCUUAAUUCCAGGACACCUCUCACUCGGGAAUGUUACACCAAGAGCCUUUCUCUGCUUUCCAGCGAUUCGUACUCUCUCGGCCAGCAUCACUCUCUCCCCCUGCCUUACGAGACUAGUUCGCUAAGAAGUUACAUAGGCAGUACUGAACUUUGUGGAGAGACUCGUUUCUGGCAUGGCAAAGACUACUGCAAUUUCAUCCUCAAAGACUGGGUCAAACUCAACAAGCCUUUUGAUGAUUUCAUUGACAGGCAUAAGACACCACGGAUGCCCUGGCAUGAUAUUGGGGUGCUGGUUCAUGGGAAGGCUGCAAGAGAUAUUGCACGACAUUUCAUUCAGAGGUGGAACUUUACAAAGCUGGUGAAGAAGCGGUCGGGGGCGAUGUGCUACCCCUGCCUCAUGCCCAAGUCUCUAUCCGCACCCGUGGUGCCAGCUGAGUACAGCGGCAAAUCAACACAGGCUAAUGUUCAGCUUUUGAGGUCUGUGUGCCAGUGGUCUAUUGGGACAAAGGUCCACGAGGAGUCAAUUCAUUUAGCCUACGUAUCAGCCAUCCAGAACAGCAAACAUUUCAUCUACAUAGAGAACCAGUUCUUCAUCAGUUGUGCUGACAAAUCCAUCCACAACAGCAUUGGAGAUGCACUGACGGAGAGGAUCCUGCGGGCAUACAGGGAGAAAAAAAAGUUUCGCGUCUAUGUGGUGAUGCCCCUGCUGCCCGGCUUUGAAGGUGACAUCUCGUCAGGGGGGGGCCAAGCCAUCAAAGCAAUCAUGCACUUUAAUUACAGGACAAUGUGCCGAGGGGAGCACUCCAUUAUUGAGAGGCUCAAAUGUGUGAUGGCAGAUUGCUGGAUCAAGUACAUCUCAUUCUGCGGUCUGCGCACUCAUGCUGACCUGGAUGGGCGUCUGGUCACUGAACUCAUUUACGUGCACAGCAAGCUCAUGAUCGUGGACGACUGCACUAUCAUUAUUGGCUCUGCAAACAUCAAUGACAGGAGCAUGCUGGGAAAGAGAGACAGUGAAAUGGCCGUGGUUGUUGAAGACACAGAAUUCCAACCCUCUGUCAUGGAUGGAGAGAGUUAUCAGGCUGGCAGGUUCGCUCUGUCUCUACGGGAGGAGUGCUUCAGACUUGUACUUGGCUUGCUGGGAGACAAGACAGACAUCAGUGAUCCCAUCAGUGACCGAUUCUACAAGGAAAUCUGGAUGGUGACUGCAGCCAAGAAUGCCAGUGUAUAUGACAAGGUCUUCAGAUGUCUGCCCACUGAUGCAGUCCUGAACUAUAAGAUUCUAAGAGACUACAUGUCACGUCCUUGCAUGGCUGCCGAGGACCCUGCACAGGCCUGCGCCGAACUGAAGAAGAUACGAGGCUUUCUGGUCCAAUUUCCCUUAUAUUUUCUGUCUGAAGAGAACCUUUUCCCUUCCUUCAACUCUAAAGAGGGAAUCAUGCCCAUCGAGCUGUGGACAUAGAUUCUUUAAACUUGUAAUGAAUGUCCUCUCUUUUGAUGCAUGUCAUCUAAUGAUGCUAUAUGUGCUGUCAGCAGUGUGCAUACUUCUGUAGAGCAAAAACUAUCUCUGAGCUAUCUAUAGAUGCAUGCCUAAACUUUCAUUCUUCUGCUGCUUGUCUGUUAUCCCUGUAGGUUUAUAACUGAACUCUCUUAAAUAUACAUAGA